AUGGAUUAUUUUAGACUAAAACAAACCUAUUACACUGGUGAAUAUAAACAAGCUUUAAAAGAAAUUGAAUCAUUACCUGUUGAUGAUACUACUUUAUUUUACAAAGGUCUUACAUUGAUCACAUUGUCAAAGUAUGAAACUCUGACUUCUUCCAGUACUGAACACAAUGACUUAAUUGAGUCUAUGGAUUUGUAUUCCAAGUUUAUUAAGGAUAAAAAACUAAUCAAAGAUUUGGAAUCAAAAAUCGAGUUGAGUAGUUCCAAACCUUUUCAAUUGUUUUUAUUGGCUUCUGCAAAAGCUAUAAAUAGAGAAUUCGAUGAAAGUUUAAAUAUAUGUGUUGCUGGUAUUGAUGGAGAUGAAACUUUGGGUGUUCCUGAAUUAUUAUUAUUAGCUAUUGAAGUUUCUCUAUUAAACGACCAACCAAGUGUAGCAAAGACAAUGUAUGAUAACUAUACCAAUAACUUUGGUGAUCAAAUUAAUAGUGAAAAUGAAUUAAUUUUAAAUUUGGCCGAAUCUUAUAUUAAAUUUGUCACCCAUAAAGAUACAACUACUUCAAACUUUUAUUAUUUUGAAGAAUUAGCUCAAAGUUUCCCAACUUGGUUAACCCAAUUGUCUUUGCUAAACUUACAUUUACAACAAAAAAAUGUCAUAGAAGCUGAACAAAUUAUUUCUACUUUGGAAUCAGAUUAUUAUUCAAAGGAACAAAAAGAUUUAGCUGCUAUUUAUUAUCCAAACUUAUUGACUGCAAAGAUUAUUUUGAGUUCAAUGAAAGCUAAAUAUGAUAAUAUCAAUGACUUAAGAGAAGAAUUGAAAAAAGUUGACCCAAAUAAUAGUUAUAUUAAAGAACAUGAUCAAUUGAACUUGAAAUUCGACGAAGUUGUUGCUAAAUAUUCUUCUUUAUAA